AGAGGCCACUACAGAAGACAAGGAUUUCCGGCUCCCUUGGUUGGUGGAGAAUCUAAGAGUUUUAGAUUCUGGUCUAAAAUGACAAGAGAGGAUUACUUCCUGUAGAGUUGCAUCACGCUUUUCAUAUGGAACAGGAGAGGAUUUUCCUGGGCAUAUCAAGCUCUUUUUUCAACAUAAUCGGAAAAGGCCAUUGGAAGAGUCAUUGUUGUGGACUGCCACAAUCCUGGCACACCUGUUCUACCUGUUACUGCUUUGGGUAUCCUGUAAAGGAACCCAUAUUCUGCACUAUGACCUCACAGCCUUGUUUUGGGAGAGGCCUGGGCAGUUGCUUGCCAUGGUAUACCUUGACAAUGAGCCCAUCCUGCACUAUGCUGAGAGAAGAGCAGAACCCCGGAAACAUGGGGUAAAGGAACAUGACUGUGCUUUGAUAUGGACAAGAGAGACUGAGGACUUCCAGGAGAAGGAGGAGCAGCUCAGUGGGAUGCUGGCUGAGGUGAUGACACAGAAGGGCCAGAAUGGAGGUGUUCAUACCCUUCAGGCAACUUUUGGCUGUGAAAUCCAAGGAAACCACACUGGAGGCUUUUGGCGCAUAGGCUAUGAUGGGCAAGACUUCCUGUCUUUUGAUCAGAAGAACUCCAAAUGGCAAGUUCCAGUGCUUUUAGCACACUCAACCAAGACAUUGUUGGCGAUACAUAGCCCCAGUGUGGAUCAAGUUAAGACAUUUCUAGAUGACAUAUGUCCUUACCAUCUCUGGAGAUAUUUGACUUGCAUGAAGAAUCAAAUCAUGGAUACAGUUUCCCCAAAGUUGACAGUGACAAACAAGACUUACCCAGAGGGCAGGAGCAGCUUAACAUGCUGGGCUUCUAAUCUGUAUUCUCCUGUGGUCACCCUGGUCUGGCUUCAGCAUGGGAAGCCAGUACAGCAGCAGAUCUUUGGGCCUGGGACCAUCCUACCCAGUGGUGAUGGGACCUACCAGACCUGGGUGUCUAUUUGGGUUCUUCCUGGACAGGAGCCAGAGUUCACCUGCCACCUGAGGCAUCGCAGCAAUAUCAUUGAGGCCCCUGCAUUCCUUGGACAUCAAGCCAGGAAAACUGGUGGCGCCACCAGCUCUGCCUCAGCUCUGGUGGCUUCUGCACUUUGUACCCUGUUGGUGUUUCUACCAAUUGCCUAGAGCAGCAAGAAUGAGCAAGACAUCAAGAGACAAGGUGAGCAUCCCUGCAGGGUGUGGGAUUGGGUAACAAGAGUGGUUCCAGGCCUUUUCUUCUCUGUAUAAAUUAUACAGCUAGGACUAUAGACGCAUAAACACCAUUUGGCCCCACUAGUUAAUGGAGGGUCCCAAGGAGCCACCAUUCAGAACCUGUGGACCUGCCCUGUUGUUGGAAGGCACUGGCCAUUGGUGCUGCCUCCCACAUGUUCCUAGAUAAAUUAUGAAACACAGAAACAGGGAAGCUGACUGGAAACCCACAGCAAAGUCAAGACUGUGGCACACUACAUGUCCCUGUCUCUUUACCAAAUACACAGAAUGAAAAGAAUCACACAAUAUGGAAAGAGACCUGGUAGCCCACAAGUUGACUGAGAGUCACUUUACCAGGUAUCUAUUCCAAGUGUCAUCUUGAUUCAAACAUGGAAACUUCCUCCCGAAGGUAUUCAUCUGGGUGAUAUAGUGUAUGUAUACAUAAAUACAAAUAUUUAAAGGAUUUUAAAGAUAUUUUGAUCUCUAUUGCAAUCCAGUGGUGGUAUCUGGACCCCUACCAAACAACACAACCUUAUGUUCAACAGCCUGUCCUAUAAAUGUGAUGCACUGCAGUAAGAGUGACAUAGAGUUUGUGAAAGUUGUCACGCAAUGACUAAUUCAGACUCAGACCUAUAGCAAAAGUGUGGCUCAAUCCUCUCACUGCCUUUAGAGUCCUAGGAACCAGAGACUGGAUGUCCCAGAGAUGUAGGAUAGAACCAAACAUCACUGUAGAUAAAUUGUCAGUGCUCUGUGAGUAGGAAGUGCCUAUGCGCAUGCUCAAGUGGGCUGGUUUGGACAGAGCAACUGCUGCUCAGGUCCUACACCUAGUAGUCUUGGGCUGUUUAAGAAAGCUAGUUAGACAGAAGCCACAGUGAGAACAAGCCAAUAAGCAUUUCCUCUACAGUUUCUACUUCAAGCCCCUGCUUUGCAUUCCUGUCCUAACUUCUGUUAGUCAUGGAUGAUAACCCAAGAGUGGUAAGAUAAAAUAAACCCAGAACCUUCAUGUCACAGAACCCUUCAGAGAGACCUGGAAGCAGAAGAAACCAGCCACCAUCAUUGGCUACCAUUCUGGUUUUGCCCCUCCACCUUCUGGGGAGGGAGAAUGAGGGAGGGAAGAUAGAACCUUGAAUCCUUACCCAUGAUGAGAUGAGAGACUCUCCCUAUAUCCACUGGAAGAAAAGAUGGGAAGAAGACAGUAUAAGAACACAUCCAACAACAGAAAAACGUAUAUGACACCACCAGAAUCUUGGGACUCUACACCAGCAACACCUGACCAUCCCAGCACAGAUUAAACAGAACAGAAUGACCUUAACAAUGACCUCAUGAAAAUGAUAGAGGCCCUCAAAGAGGAUAUGAGCAAACCCUUAAAGAAAUGGAAGAAAACAUAAACCAAAAAAGAGGCCAGUAUGGGACUGAUCCAAACCCUCUGAACCUGGGUGUUAGAGAAGAGGCCUCGGCAAUCUAUGGGACCGUGGAUAGUAGUUCAGCAUUUAUACCUGGCAUACAAAUGGACUUUGGGUGUUUGGGUGCCCAUUUCACAGGGAGGUAUACUCUCUCAGCCUGGACACAUUGGAGAGGGCCUAGGCCAUGCCUGGGAUGAUAUGACAGACUUUGAAAAUCCCCCAUGAAAGGCCUUCCCCUCCCUAGGGAAAUGAGGGUGGAUGGAGUGCUGGGUCUCGUGG